CUUUCUAGUGUCCAAGAUGAGGCUGUGGACAAAAGCACCUUUAAGGAAUGCAAUCAGAUUGCUUUUUACAGGCGUCAGAAACGUCUACAUCCUGGAAAAUCCUUGUAUCGAGCACUGUUGGAUUCAGUCAUGUUAAGUGAUGAGAAUGUCAAAUUCCAAAUUAUUCAUGAGGAGAAUAAGGUUCUUCUACAAGUAGAAAUUUGCAAAAUAGAAGGCAAUAUUUUCAGGCUUAAAAUUGACGAAGCAGCUCCUCUCAGAGCAAGAUACAAAGUUCCUGAUGUUCUUAUAAAGGAACCUACCACCCAGAGACUAUUUAUAUCCCAGAAGGAGGCAGGUUUUUUGGUGCUGUCAAGUGCUAAUGAGGACUACAAACUUCAAGUCACAGCAAACCCCUUCCACAUUGAGCUACAGUCCAAGGGUGAGACUGUUCUGAGCAUGAAUUCCAAUGGGUUGUUAUAUUUUGAGCACCUACAACCACCCCCCAAUGAUAGAAAACCUACAGCAGAAGACAGGAAGGAAGCAGCAAGUGAUUUCUAUAAGGAGAAACAAGAGGAUCUAGGUCUCUGGCAAGAGAAAUUUGGCAGCUUCAUAGACAUCAAAGCUCAUGGUCCUAGUUCUGUAGGUGUGGACUUCUCUUUACAUGGAUUUGACCAUGUUUAUGGAAUACCACAACACACAGAAGCGCUUCUUCUCAAAAACACCAGUGAUGGUGAUGCCUACCAGCUUUAUAAUUUGGAUAUCUUCGGCCACAAGAUACAUGACAAAAUAGGCAUUUAUGGUUCAGUGCCCCUUCUCUUAGCACACAAGCCUAACAGAACUUCAGGGAUCUUCUGGCUGAACUCUUCAGAAACGCUGGUGGAUAUUAAUACAAAGGCAGUAGCUGAGCACAUGUCACUCGGAUCUGCUGCAGAGACUGCUAAGCAGAGGGCAGUGCCCCUAACUGAUGUGCGCUGGAUGUCAGAAUUGCUGAUGGGACCCACUGCAUUUGAUAUCUUCAAGCAGUUUGCACAACUGACAGGCACUCAAGCCCUGCCUCCCCUUUUUUCUCUGGGCUACCAUCAGUGCCGCUGGAAUUAUGAGGAUGAGCAAGAUGUCAAGGCAGUAGAUGCUGGCUUUGAUGAACAUGACAUUCCUUAUGAUGUGAUAUGGCUGGAUAUAGAGCACACAGAUGGCAAGAGGUAUUUUACUUGGGACAAAAAGAAAUUCCAGAACCCCCAAAAGAUGCAAGAACAUCUCAAGAAGAAAAAACGCAAGCUUGUCGUCAUUGUAGAUCCUCACAUUAAGGCUGAUCCCACAUACACCCUGUAUUCGCAGGCAAAAGACAAGGGAUAUUUUGUGAAAGACAGAAAUGGGCAAGAUUUUGAGGGCAUCUGUUGGCCAGGUUCCUCUUGUUACCUGGAUUUCACCAAUCCUGAAGUGCGAAAAUGGUAUACAGAUCAAUUUGCCUUCAAAACAUACAAGGGAUCCACUAAUAUCCUCUUUGUAUGGAAUGAUAUGAAUGAGCCUUCAGUCUUCAAAGGGGCAGAACUAACAAUGCAGAAAGAUGCUGUGCACUACAACAACUGGGAGCAUCGGGAAGUACACAACCUCUAUGGGUUCUACCAGCAAAUGGCAACUGCAGAAGGACUCAUCAGACGUUCUUCAGGAAAAGAGAGACCAUUUGUCCUCACACGAUCUUUCUUCGCUGGAUCACAGAGGUAUGGGGCAGUGUGGACUGGAGACAACACGGCAGAGUGGGGUUACUUGAAAAUAUCUAUUCCAAUGCUUCUCACCAUCAGCAUGGCAGGGAUUUCAUUCUGUGGAGCUGAUGUGGGAGGGUUUAUUGGAGAUCCAGAACCAGAAUUACUUGUUCGCUGGUAUCAGGCUGGAGCCUACCAGCCCUUCUUCAGAGGUCAUUCUAACAUGGAGAGCAAACGGCGAGAACCGUGGCUCUUUGGGGAGAAGAACACCCAGAUCAUCAGGAAAGCCAUUAGAGCACGCUACGUCCUCCUGCCAUAUUUAUACACACUGUUCUAUCGGGCACACACAGCGGCUGAACCGGUUAUGAGGCCUCUCUGGGUAGAGUUUCCAGGGAAUAUAGAAACUUUUGGUGUGGAAAAUGAGUACAUGCUGGGAAAUGCUUUGCUGGUGCAUCCAGUCACAGAGCAAGAGGCCAAGGCAGUGACUGUUCUGUUUCCAGGGUCAGAGGAGAUUUGGUAUGAUUUUAGAAAAUUUGAACGAAUGGAAGAUCCAGGCACUCUGAAGAUCCCAGUGACACUGGAGAAUAUUCCUGUAUUCCAGCGGGGGGGCACUGUGAUACCUCUGAAGACCACAGCUGGAAAAUCCACUGAAUGGAUGAUAGAUAUUUCUUAUGAACUCCACGUGGCCCUAGACACAGAGGCCUGUGCAGUAGGUGAGCUCUACCUAGAUGAUGGGCAUUCAUUUCAGUACCUCCACAAGAAGCAGUUCCUCUAUCGGAAAUUCACUUUCCACAAGAACUUUCUGUCUUCCAGCUGCACAGAUGAAACUGGACAAUACCACACUACAUGUGUGGUUGAACGGGUGAUAGUUCUGGGAUUUGGACAGCAACCCACUUUUGUGACAGCCUGUUCCAAGGAUGGGGAAGAAAAAGAAGUGGUUUUCACAUAUGAUAUGAAGACCUCUGUGCUGAUGCUGGAAAAUUUAGCCCUGAGUAUUAAUGCUGACUGGGAGAUUUCCAUCAACUGA